AUGCCGGCCGGACUCCCGCCGCCGCCUCUGCCUGACCCCUCCUCCACGCCACGCGGCUUCCCUGACCCCUAUAAAGCCGCCGCCCAGGACCCCCCUUUUCUUUUUGCAUCUCCGCCGCCCUUGCGCCGCAUCCCGCCGCCGCCGAUGAGAUCCACCACCGCCGCCCGCUCCACUCCGUCGCCCUCGGCCACUGCCGUCACCACCGCCGUCACCGCCGCAUCGCGCCGCGCCUCCCCGUGCCUCCGCCCGUCGCAGCCGAGCCCCGGAGCCACCGUCCGCUCGAAGCCGUCGCCGGCGUUUUCGCUCACCGCCAACGCCGCCCGUUGCCGCGAGGGAACGUUCGUUGUCUAA